AUGUCUGUAGUUUUUCACAACAGCCAGUCUGCCUAUCCAAAGGUCAUGUCUGAAAACAGGUCUAGUGGCAGCGGCAACGACAGCGGCAGUGGCAGCAGCAGCAGUGAUACAGACAGUGAACGUGAAGAUCCUGGAGGGCGCAAAGGGAUAUCAGGGUCCUCAUGUACAUCAGGUACCUCAGGGACAAGUAGACCCCCACUUCAGCACUUGCCGGUCAACAACUCGACUUUUUUGACCGACCCUGUAAUACAACCAUCUACCUCAAGUCCCUCAGGGACAAGUAGAUCCCCACUUCAACAGUUACUGGACGACGACUCGACUACAUUGACCGACCCUGUAAGACACCCUUCUACCUCAGGUACCUCAGGGCCCAGUAAGGUCAGUCUUCAGCACUCACCUGUUGAUGACUUAAAAGAGUCAGAUAAUUCCUCCCCACAUCCUCAGACAGGAUCAGGAGUGACUAAUUCGUCCGUGGUAAACUUGAGUCUCGAAACCAACUCUCCACAGCCAACUACCUCACAUACGGAGAAUCCUUCAUCUCCAGAGCCGUCAGUAAACUCUCCACAGCCAUCUACCUCGCAUAUGGUGAAUCCAUCAUCUCCGGAGCCACCAGCAAGUUCCCCGCAACCCUCCACCUCUAGAUUAAAUAAUUUCUCUAUAACGGAGCGUCCCAAAUUUAACAAUAUCGAGAUUAGACACCACUUCAAUUUUUCUGAAGCCUACACACUUGAUUAA